AUGAGCGACGCUGCUUUUCACGUUCUUGCCAUGUCUCGUGCGCUCCAUACCCUGUCCAUUACCGCAUCUCCAAUUUUGAACUCGAUUAUCGUACUAGGUGCUCUCCUGGUCUUGAACUAUACACUGGCUUGGAUUAAAUACCAUCUUGCGCGCAGGAAUCGGUCUGAGGCACAACUUCCUCCCAAAUAUCCCUUGCUGGUGCCGUUUCUUGGCCACGCGAUUUCUUCAGCAUGUGAUCUCGAAGGAUUCCUAUACAGAGCUACACACUACAAGGGGGUGCUCACUUCGACUUGCAUAUCCCUUUUAGGGUCAAAAUUGUACAUCAUUCAGGACCGUGAGACCGUCGAGAAAAUGAUGAAACACCCAAGCCUCGCAAGCCCCAUGUCAAUCAUCAUUGUUACUCUCCGCUUUCUCUUUGGUAUGCCAGAAACAGGCCUCAAAGUUUACAAAGCCGACGACUCUGGCCCCUUAGCAAAGCCUUUUCUCGGAAGUAAUCCAAAUCUUGGACCAGAAAAUCGCAUCGACUAUUUUCUUCAUCAAAGCUUCAAUAAGGCUUUCAGCGGUCCGGGCCUUCGACCAACAACGCAACGCUUCAAGAUGGCACUUCUCGUGGAGGUCAAAAUGAUGACUCAAAUUGAAGGCAACUGCUGGAGCACUAUAGAUGAUUUCUUUGAAGUCUUUGGCAAGAUAGCAAUUGGCGCCCUUUCACAGGCAAUUUACGGUCCAUUAUUGUUUCAGCUUCACCCAGAUAUCAUAGAUGACCUGUGGGAAUAUGACAAUGUACUUCCAUGGCUGGCAAGGGGUAUCCCACGGCUCCUAAUGCCAGGUCCAUACCGCACCAGGGACAGGAUUCGGUGCAAGCUACGGGAUUGGUACAUCCACGCUAGACUGGAUUUUCAAGAGUCUAAUAUCGAUGCAGAUGGGGAUGGUGACCCGGUUUGGGGGUCCUGGUUGGUGAGAAACUUGCAACAGGUAUUACAUGUCGAGCGUCGCUCACUCGACGACGAGGCAAUGUCAUCACAUGACCUUGGACUUUUAUGGGCAUCGAACUUCAACGCCGUCUCUGCAGCAACAUUAGCAGCAUAUCACAUCUUCCGUGACCCAUCGCUCCUUACAAAUCUGCGCGCCGAGCUAGGAGCACACUUUGAUCCUCCUUCUGCAUUUAUAACAGCUGACCCGAAAGAGCUAUUGAAGCUGCCGCUGCUAUCCGCCGUUUAUGCUGAGACCCUGCGUCUUUACGUCAAAGUAUUUUUCAUGGCCAGCUCCCCGCACAUUGAUGUCAAUUUGGGGAAGUGGAAGCUGCCUAAAGGAGCUACUGGUAUUGUUAGCUCGGGUAUCUCGCACAUGGACAACAUGUAUUGGAACAAUGCGGGUGGAAAGCAUCCUCUCAGCGAAUUUUGGCCUAGUCGAUUCCUUGUCGAUUCUGAAAACCAACUGGACGGGCCAGCGAGGUCAGAUCAGACCCCAUCUACGUGCAUUCCUAACAAAAGUAGCCAUGUACAGCCGUGCUUCUCCACGGAAGGGUUGGAUGGUGUUUGGAUACCAUAUGGAGGAGGCCCAUCAAUAUGCCCUGGCAGAUUCCUGGCUAAGAACGUCGUUUUCUUCUUCUGUGCACUCUUGAUAACCGAAUUUCAUAUCGAACCAUUGAACCACGACUCUUUUCAACUGGACCCUUUGAGAUAUGGACUGGGUACGGCCCGGGUCAAGAAUCCCGUUCCUGUUAGGAUAAGGAGAAGGAUAGAUGAGGAGAUCAUAAAGUGCUCACGGAAAGAUGUACCAGAAUCGUGA